AUCAAUGUACAAGAAACAUCUUACUGGAUGUCAUUUUCUCGCAUCAUCCGAUUAUCUGCUGCGAAGAAAUCAAUCUUCAAUGGCAAAGCGAUUCAUGCUCGUCUUAUCAUAUCUGGGCUGGAUCGCGAUGUUCAGACCAACAACCAUUUGCUUUCAAUGUACUCCAAAAUCGGAUACAUUGGUUAUGCCCAGAAACUGUUCGACGAAAUGCUCGUGAGAAACGUCAUCACUUGGACAUCACUUAUCUCUGCUUAUUCUCAAUUGGGUCUCUCGGAGAAAGCCUUGAGUUGCUUCCAAUUAAUGGUUCUUGAUGACGGGAUUGCUCCGAAUGAAUACACUUUCGUUGCUGCUAUUUCAGCUUGUGCUCAAGUUGGGGCUUUGAGGAACGGGAAAGAGAUACAUGGAAAGAUGUAUAGGAGUGAAGAAACUGUGAACACCUUUGUGAAUAAUUCUUUGAUUAACUUUUACGGGAAAUGCGGGUCGUUGGAGUCAGCUAGGCUAGUGUUCGAUACGAUGCCUGAGCCGAAUAUUGUUAGUUGCGUUUCACUUAUUGCUAGCUAUACGCAGUCAGGUGACAAUGAGGAAGGUUUGAUAGUUUUCUCUAAAUUUAUGAGAAUGGGAGUCGAGAUUAACGAGUUCCUUUAUGGGAGUGUAUUAGGCAUUUGUGCUGCAUUAGAGGUUUUAAAUGUUGGAAUGCAAUUGCAGUGUAUUGCGCUCAAAUGUGGUGUUCGAAUGGAUCAGUUUGUUGUGACCGCAUUGGUUAAUUUCUACGCAAAAUGCGGCGAAUUGGAGUUAGCUAAUAAAGCAUUGAGAGAGGCGAAUAAGCCGAAUGUGACAGCUUGGACUGCACUAAUUGGAGGGUACGUGCAAACGGGGAAAUGCAGAGAAGCAAUUGAUCUUUUUCAAGAAAUGCUUUUUGCAGGUUUGAAACCGAACGAGCAGACAUUCGCUUCUGUCCUCGGAGCCUUGGGUAGGGAAAAAGAAACCCGACACGGUAUACAAAUCCACUGUUUGAUUAUAAAACUAGGAUUUCAAUCUUUUACCUUAGUUUCCAAUGCAACAUCGGACUUUUACGCAAAAAUAGGUUGCCUCGACGAGUCGUUCAAAACAUUCUGCGAAAUGGAAGUACACGAUAUUGUUAGUUGGAACACUUUAAUAGCUGGGUUUCUGAACUAUGGCCGUUAUGAAUUAGCAAUUAAGUUUAUCGAGAAUAUGUUGUUGGACGGAUUCGACCCUAAUAUUUACACGUACUCUAGUAUUUUAAGCGUUUGCGGCGAUUUACCAGCUGCUGAGUGGGGCAAGCAAACUCAUUGCCGCGUAAUAAAACCUGGAUUAGAUUCCAAUGUGGUAGUUGGAAGUGCUCUUAUAGAUAUGUACGCAAAGUGCGGUCAACUUAACAAUGCUCGAAAAGUUUUCGACUUUCUUCCGAUCAAGAAUCUCGUUUCUUGGAAUUCCAUGAUAACGGGUUACGCCCAACAUGGAUUUGGAAGAGAAGCUCUAGAGAUUUAUGACAUCAUGCUGAGGUGCAGAGUUAAGCCGAAUGACAUCACAUUUGUCGGAGUUUUGUCAGCGUACGGACAUGUAGGAGAUUUGGAGGCGGCAUUGCAAUGUUUUGGUUCGAUGACUAAAGACUUUAGAAUCGCUCCAAGAACGGACCAUUUAGCAUGCGUGGUCAGUUUAUAUGCGCGGAACGGUCAAACGAAAGAAGCUCAUGAUUUGAUAAGGAGUUCUCGUGUUGAACAGAAUAAAGUGGUUUGGCGGAGUCUUUUGUUUGGUUGUGUGAAUAGUAAAGACUUGGAUUUGGCUGUAUUGGCUGCUGAGAAGAUUUUGAGUAUUGAUUUGGACGAUGUAUCUGCUCGGGUUAUGCUAUCGAAUAUCUAUUCUGAUUUGGGAAUGUGGAGUGAAGCUUCUGAAGUUAGAAAAGUAAUUGAAGGGAAGACAGUGAAGAAGGAAACUGGGUAUAGCUGGACUUAAAUAUGUGGAAAAUUGAUUUUUCUUUUUCUUUUUGUGAUCUGGUU